AUGCAUCGGGUGUCGAAUGGCAGCGUCGCCUCGGGCGACAGUCGCCGCAAUAGUAUGGUCGACUCGUGCGGGCGAUUCUGUAGUCAACCGACAAAUGGUGCACCUGAAUUACUGAUAGCAUUAUGCUACGAUACGGAUCACGGAUGUCUCACAGUAGGUAUAGAACGUGGUUCAUCACUCAGUGAAAAGAGCAGGCCAACUGACACAUUCAUCAAAAUCGUUGCAUUGGGUGAAUUUGGUAACGAACUAUGGCGUCAAAAAACCGAAUUGGUAAAAGGAUGCUCAGAACCACAGUACGAUCAUUCUGCAUCUAUACAGGUUUUUGUUGAGAAGCCGUUUGAAGUCACUAGAGUGAACCGUCGAACGUUCAUUUUGCAGUUGCAUCGUCCGGAUCUUGAUGUGUGUACAGUGAGGAUCGAGGUGUGGAGUUCAGUCGGCGUGCUAAGGCGACGACAAAUGCUCGGAUGGCUGGCACUGGGAUUAAAUUCAAGUUCUCCAGAUGCACAAGAACAUUGGGAGCAAAUGAUUCAGGUCGGCUAG